AUCUUGCAUCAAGUAAGCAAAAGCAGCACUGUGUACCAGAAAGAAGUGUGAACCACUAAUUGGACUGAAAUUCAGUGGCAACAAAAGCCUUGGCUAGAAAAUUCCAGCCCUGGUUUUACAGGGUCUGCUUUGUUGCAGCAGUGUUUGUUCUCUACUGCUGUGUUAACAGUUAUCUUUUCGGUGGUGGCCUCUCCCCACCCUUCCACACAGUGCAUGAAAUGUUCCUCAGCACAAACCCGUCCAGAGACACUGUGGCACAGUACAGGUGAUGCUCCGUUCUACAUAGGACACCAUCCAGACACCAGGAGUGGCCCACCAGCUGCUCACAGCCAUGAUCCCACACAGCUUUGACUACAACCAGCCGAUGAGAAAGCGUUGAGAAGAAGGAGACAUGAUGGGACAGUUCCAGGAAGAUGUGGUGGGUGGCUUCACCGCAGAGGAACUGGAAUGCAAGAUCUGCUACUGUGCAUACAGCCUGUCAAGUCGACGGCCCAAGAUCCUCGAGUGCUGCCAUUGUCUUUGUGCCAAGUGCCUUGCAAAAAUCCUCGAUUUAGGUGAAACCUCUCCAAACGCAGUGGUCUGUCCGUUCUGCCGCUACAUCACAGAACUUCCUGGAGAAGAUGUGGACAGUCUACCAGAUGAGUAUAACUUGGUGCUGGCACUGCUGUCCAUCAAGACACAGAAGCAUCAGAACCUUAGUGACAACCAAGGUGAGAUUCUCCUCAGCCCCAGACGCCUCAACUCUCUGGUGGGACACUCUGCCUCAGCUUCUCCCACCUCGAUUCGUUCCAAUUACGUGGUAAUCACCAUUAUGGAGCCUCGGCAGGAGUCUGUUAUUCCAGCUCGGGGUAGGGAUUACCGGUCUUCCAGCCAGGACUCCAUGGCCUCGGUUACUCAGAGAUGGACAGUGUGGAACUGUGCGGCCCUGUUGUGCCAGACUUCAGCACGUGUCCUGGUCUGGCUGCUGGGGCUGCUGUACUUCAGCUCACUGCCUCUAGGGGUCUAUCUGCUCAUCAUGCAGAAUACCACGAUGGGGGUGUUAAUGGUCAGUCUGGUACCUGUCAGUCUUCUCAUCGUCAUGGUGUACGGCCUUUGCCAAUGCCUGUGCCGUGAGUUUUGGGACUGUGUACUACCAUAAUGACCAAAGCAAAAAGUGUUACUGUUAUGUGUGGAUAUACAAUGAUUGGAUGGUCCUGCCAGUUUGUGGAAACUCAUGAUUUUUUUGGUUAAUUGGGUAAACGAUGUACACUUAAUUGAAAAACAAACAAUAAACUUGCACAGAUUUAAUUUAGUAGGCUAUCAUACAAAACAAUGUCGUGCAAGAAUGCCUGAAAAUAGUAUCCACCUCAUCAAAAUUAUCCACUGCAUACAUCUUUUUUAUAACCCGUCUGAUUGUUGAAUGUGCCUUUUCCGGGAGUGGCUCUAAUGGAUAGAUCAAUAAUUAUGUCCUAUCUAGGAUUGUUGAUGUACUUUUCUCUGUCUGAAUGAUUAACAUAC